AUGAACCGGCCUGCAAGUCUAGAAUCCUUGCCCAUAGAGAUAUUGGGCUUCAUAUUCAGCUCGUUGGACCCCAUCGGUCUCAUAUCUGCAAGUCAAACAAACACCAAGUUUCGUGCCGUGAUUCAACCAAAGCGAACCCACUUUGUCGAAAGGUUACUUCAACUCGAAUGCGGAGAGGCAGGAGGAGGGACCCCCAUUUUCCGUGCCAAAGACAAUAAUAUCAAACCAGGUUUCGAAGAUAAAGAGAAAUGGAAUCAGAUGCGAUGGGCCUGUAGCCUGUGUCUGAAGCUACUGCCUCAUACUGACUUCUCCAAUCAAUAUCUACUGCGCUUACAGUACCGGAAACCAAUUCCAGAAUCCCAGGCUGAAAAGGCCUUCACGAGCUGGAAACCCUUCCGAGGUGAAAAUGCUGCCAUGAGGCAAGAAAAGCGCGAGGCACGAGCCGAUGCAGAAGAGCAAGAUCGCGCCAUAAGGCGUCGAUAUAAUAUUGCAGUCAAUACAGAAGCACAUUCCGUCUUCUUCCAUGAGGGCCUUGGAACUCAACCUCUUCAAGAAAGAAAAUUGGAAGUUUUCCAAGACAGCGGCAUGGGCACUUUUCAAGGGUUGAGGGGGUAUGACUACAUGACGAUCACAGAGGAAGAAGAAUGGUGGCUUCUGACCCACGAGAUACAGCUCAUGGAGGGCGAAAAAUGCGGCUUCAAACGCCAUUUGCGCAAAUGUAAUGAGUGUCGCUUUCAGCGUCACGAGAUUGCAAAUCGAACAUUCAGCUUCAGCUACCGCGACGACCGCAAUGAGCCUGUCUUGCAAGGCACGGCAAAGGUUCCUAUAGUCACUAGCCGAACCCUGCAAUUCCCCGGCGCGACCGAACGGUGGUUCCCAGAUAUUGUUGAUAUACUUGGUAUCGACGAACCAACCGCUGGUGUCAACAAGCCAACCGAUCCCUCUGAUAUUGUCCCUACCGUCACCCACCCUUGGACUAUGUACGUGGUCAGGUGUCCGGAGUGCUCGACUUGGCAAGAGCUGCGUGCGUUUCGUUUCGCGGACAUGUUCAAUGGCUGGGCUCCCAAGAUGGCGCAAAUGUCUCAUGGGGUAGGAGCUCGCAAUUGGAACGGAAUGGAGAUCAACGAAGAUUUUCUCAACAACCUGCAGUGUAAUCAUUGUUAUGCCAGUGAACAUGGGCGGGAGAAACUUGGUCAAGAACUUGUUAAGUGGUUGUCUGCAUCCUUGUUUUACGAGAAGUGCCAUUUGGGGGCAGAUUUUUGGGUUACAUUCAAAAACAUGUCAUUUUACGGCCAUUCAACUUCCAUCGCCGUGAAGAAGGCCCGCACGGCGCUUAAGGAGAAGUAUUCAAGCUCACCGGGUUUCCGUUCGCUUGACAUCAGCGAUAUAGUGAACUUCAGACUUUGCUUCGAUGAAUGUCGAUCCGCGCGGAACCUCGAUGAUGGCGUUCAUUCCAAUUCGAGUUACCACGACUCGAGGACUGCUAUUUGGUUCAGAGACUAUGACCAAAAUGAGGCUCGUUUGUACUGGCUGCUUGAAUGCAUAGAAAAGUGUGAGGGCGCGGGCGAUGAUCUGGUUGACUGGGCGUUGAAUCGCGAGAGAAGUGUUCAAAUGUAA